AUGGCAACUGGCUCGUCGACUGGCUCUUCAACCCUCAACGGCCACGGCCUCAUCGUCGUUCCCUGCUGCGCCAAUCCGGCUUGGGUUGCGGAUCAUGGGAGCCCAACCGUUGACAUUGUAGCUAUCCAUGGCCUCAAUGGAAAACGGUGGUCAACAUGGACUUACAAGGCGAAGGGCAAGACAGACGUCAUGUGGCUGCAGGAUCUCCUUCCACACAAACUCCCUCAAGCUCGAGUGAUGACCUUUGGGUACAACGCCGACAUGAUCAACAACUAUGCUACAUCGAAUAUUAGAGAUCAUGCUCGAAAGCUUCUGUCACUGCUGCGAAAUAAAAGGGAUGAAGGAGACGCUAGUCGUCCUAUAAUAUUCGUUUGCCACAGUCUAGGUGGCAUCGUUGCCAAGCAGGCUCUACGCAUCGCUACAAACGAGACACCUUAUAACUCUAUCGCGAAUUCUACUCGCGGAAUUGUUUUUAUGGGAACACCACACCGGGGCUCAGACCUUGCCUUCUGGGGAAACAUCCUCGCAGGCAUAUCGAAAGCCGCCUUUUUGCACCCCACCCCGAACAUCAAGGUCCUGAAGAAUAAUUCAGCAACUUUGAUGGAUGUGUCGGAGGACUUCAGAUCAAUUGUGGGGAACUACUCUAUCGUCAGCUUCUAUGAGGAUGCAAAAAUCAAGGGCGUUGGCAAAGAGGCAUGGCAACAGGUUGUUGGAAAGCACUCUGCCGUGAUGGAAAUCACUGGUGAAGAAGCGGUUCCUCUGGCAGGAAAUCACAUGGAAAUUUGUACAUUUUCAGGGGUCGGUGAUGAGAGAUUUGAAGAGGUUUGGAAAGCCAUCAAGCGAGUUAUUGAGUCUAAGCCAGCUCAAAAUACUGAUGCGAAACGUGCUUUGGUGCAACGACUGACACAACUCGCACAAUUUGACCAUCUACGGUUCCUGGAAGAGAUGCCCUCGCCGCUUGAAGGGACUUGCAGCUGGAUACUUGACCACCCAGCUUACCGUUCGUGGUUGGAAUGCUCAGGAAUCUCGAUACUCCACAUGCUAGGGAAACCUGGUUGUGGAAAGUCCAUGAUCUCGAAGUACCUACUGGCAGAUUCCAAAUCUCGACUUGACUGGAUUUCGACCGGCUAUUUCAGUUUCAGCGCUACCGAAGGACGACAAAAUCUGAUACAAGUGUACGCAUCAUUUCUCUUGCAGAUCCUCGCCUUUGCGACGUCGAUGUAUCCUCGUAUUAUUGAGGCCUGCAGCGCCAACCCAAAGGGGGAAUGGAACGAGAAAGAUCUGGAAACUCUGUUAGAGGAAGCUCUGGCCAUCUUCCCCCGCCGACGCGUCAUACUUGUCCUGGAUGCUCUUGAUGAAUGCCAUGCUUUCGGUUCAGAAGUCUUGUGUGCAAUUACGAAGGUCUGCCGCAAAGCACCGUGGUGUAAGGUCUUGGUGACAAGCCGGCCAAAAGAGGGCAUGCCACGGGAGGAGGAUGUGACGGAGCUUAAUCUCGAUAAAGAACCUGGAUUGGAGGCCGACAUAAAGUUGUUUAUCGCGGAUAGAGUAAACCUCUUGAUGAAAGCUCGACCAUUCUUUGCGCCUCUGAAAUCUGAGAUCGCCAAGCGACUCAACGAGAGAGCAGAUGGGAUGUUUCUACUAGUGGAGCACAUCCAUAGAAGCCUUUUGAACUUAAAAGGCACGUCCAGAAACAGUAUUCGACAGGUACUCCGCUCACUACCUAGAACCCUCGCAGAUGCAUAUUCUCAAACGUUUGACCGAGUCCAGCCGGAGGAUAUCGAGUUUGGAAGCAACGUUUUAAUUUGCCUGCUGUACGCUGCAAGGCCCAUGACUGUCUCAGAGUUGGCCAUAGCAAUUGCAAUUACAGAACAGACCCCGAAUUUCACGGAAAUGGCAGAUGAUGUGGCUCUUUCAGUCCUAUACGACAUCAACACCAGAAUUGGACCUAUCGUCACUGUCAGCAAUGAUUAUGUUUCACUUAUUCACGCCUCAAUGAAAGAUUUUCUGCUUUCCACGGUCAAUAGCGACCUAGCGGAUACUGCAAAUUCUGAAGGAGCUAGUUCACGAAAUUUAAGGCCCGAUCCACGGAAAUGGUACAUAAUCGGCAGGGACGAAGCCAACAACGAUCUGCUCUCUCGUUGCAUGAAAUAUCUCUCUUUAUAUUUCCUCGAGUCGAAAGGGAGGUUGGAUCGUUUACCCAGGGCUCUUUCACCGGCAUCCCAGCAAGUAAACAACGAAGAGAAUUUCGAGCCAAACUCGAAGGAAUGUGAAGGAUUUCUCUCAUAUGUCGUCGAAAAUCUUCCAGACCAUGCCAGGAAAUUAUCUAAGACGUCGAGAAGGGAACGGCGACGUGUGAGGGAGUUCUUUGAGUCAUCCCGGUUCUGGCAGUGGGCCUCACUUUUUUGGGAAGAAAAAGAUCCGUCAAGGAGCCCUUCAGACCUUGGUCCCUUGGCUAUGGCUUGCCUCUUAGGUUUAAAACUGACAGUGGAGGAUCUAGUAGCCCCAGGAAACAGAAACAGCCUCAGAUUCGACUCGGAUCGGUCAAUUCGCGAUAUAUAUAAAGUUUUGGCGGCAGCGAUUGAGGGCGGGUCCACGGAAAUUCUUUCCCUUUUGAUUAAUAGUGGUGCAUCAAUCGAUGGCUUCAUUAAACUGGGCGAAAAGAGAACGCUUCUCUCGGUCGCAGUAUGGUAUGGGAGGACUGAAAUGAUUGCCCUUCUUCUGGAUAAAUCAAAUUAUCUCAGUCUUAGUGACGAGGAAACGAACGGCUCCACCCCCAUUGAUAUUGCUGUCGAGGCUGGUCGACAGUCCACAGUCCGUUGGCUUCACGAUAAUGGAGCCCCACUCAACUUGGGGAACCAUCCUUGGCAGAGACGAUAUUUGUCUGCUCUACAUGUCGCUGUUCGGUCUCACCGAUCUGGAAUGAUCCCUAUGUUACUGAAGCUUGGCGCUGAUGCUAGGGAGCCUACACGGGACGGAGAUUUUGCGUUCCACAUGGCGGCUCAACUCGGAGAUCUGGCCGCCUUAGAAAUAUUGAAACCACAUGAUGUCGACGCGAGGGAUGCAAAUGAAAAUACAGCGCUCCUGAGGGCUGUUGAAGCUCUACAGAAAGAAAUGGUACUGUACCUGUUAAAAGAGGGGGCCGAUGUGAAUGCUCGAAACAAUCGAGGAUCUCUUGGAACCGCGGCCUAUUUAGCUCUCAGUAAGCGAACAAAGGACGACCACCAGAAAGCCAGAGAAGUGGUAGAGCUUCUUCUUUGCCAUGGCUUCGACAUGCAGUCCGAAGAGGUGGGGGUUAUCCUGUAUGCCGUGGUCGAGUCCGAUAACAUCUUUGCGUUUUCUUUCCUUCAAGUUUGGCCUGGGUCAUUUUCUUCGAGGGUCCGCCUGGAUUCGGCCGGUGUGUGGAUGCUUGCUUCUAACAUCCGCGCGAUUGAUAUUUGCCAUUCUCUGCUCCAGACUAAUGCUGUCGAUGUUAACACUUGCGAUGCUGACGGGACCACCGCGCUGGCAGCCGCUGUCAAACGAGGAGACAUUGCUUUCUGUCAAAAGCUCAUCUCAAACUGCCACGCGAAGACUACCGUCCGGGACAAGGAAGGCAGAACACCACUUCAUGCAACCACUCAACUUUGGCCCAGGGAAGUGGGAUUAGAAAUUGCAAGCCUCAUCUUAGAUCAUGAUGAUAGCCAGCUUUCGAAUUUCAUGAGAGACAAUCGUGGCUUGACUGCGCUGCAUUUAGCAGUUUAUUGUGGGAACGUUGAAAUGGCCAAAUUCCUGCUCGAACGAGGCGCCGCGGUGGAUGCGUUGGAUACCACUGGCCGUACCUCAUUAUAUUGUUGCAACUUUCGAAAUUCUGUCUUAGUUACACUCCUCCUUGAAGCGGGUGCUGACCCAACCGUCCGAGCCCACAGCGGCAAAAGUGCUGCUAUCAGAAUAGCAGACUCCGGCGAAGAGGAAGCCAUGGAAAUCUUAUUCCGGCGAGGGUUCAGCUUUAGCGAGAGCGAUGUUCUUGAAGCGACGAAAGUUGGAAAACAAGAAGUCCGCAUCAGCUGCUUGCUCUGGUAUAUUUACCUCAAUGGGAACAUUGAACUCGUGCAAAAUAUGUCGAAGAAUGGAAUGAUGAGUAGCAAUGAUAAAGAGAUGGGGUUAAAGUGGGCUUUAGAAAAAAGAAAGCGCCCCGUCCUAGAUCUCCUGGCACCAAUGCUCGAGAAGAAUCAAGUCAAAGAAUUUGUAGGACAAGAGCUUGUAACCUGGCUUUUGUUUCCAGACAGCGAGAAGAGAACACAAUCGAUUCUCUUCAUUCUACUAUCCGACUACGUGGACCUCAACAAAGCUUAUUCACCUCCUUCGGAACGGGAUUGUCGCGCUGUGCACCGGAGGAUCACGGUGAAUCCUUUGAUGAAGGCCAUUGAAAGAGGAGAGCACAUCUUUGUGAGAGCAAUGCUUGAAAAUCAAGCUAGCUUGUCCAUAUCUAGUCGAUUCCUUGACAGCGCCCUCCGUCUAGCCAGAAAAGAAAGGCAUGAAGAAGUUGCAAACAUACUGGCAGGUCACAUAGAAGCUUUGGCUUCUCAACGAGAAUGA